UGCCACAGCGCAAGCAUGGCGGAGUUCGGCUAGCGAGCUCCGCAAGGGUACGUGUGUGUAUUUCAGUUAAAAGCAGUAGCGUGUUAAGAUCGGCGUGUGAAACAGUCUAGGAUUUGAGCAUUAUAUUACCUACAAUGGAAGAAGACGAUCCUUAUGAAAGCUUGCCAGCAUCAUCAACUAUGGUUACCCACAUGGUGGCAGGGGCGGCGGCCGGAGUCAUGGAACACUGCGUCAUGUACCCUGUUGACUGCGUGAAGACUCGGAUGCAGAGUAUCGUGCCUGACCCCAAUGCCAACUAUCGCAGCCUGGCUGAUGGCUUCGUGAAGAUCUUGCGCUACGAGGGCAUCAAGAACACUAUGCGGGGGAUCAGUGCCAUGGUGGUCGGGGCUGGACCUGCACAUGCUAUGUACUUCGCCUGCUACGAGAAGAUCAAGUCAGAGCUCAGUAAUGGGAAGCAGGGCAACCACUUGGCAAAUGGAGCUGCAGGCUGUGUUGCCACAGUGUUGCAUGAUGCUGUCAUGAAUCCUGCUGAAGUGGUCAAGCAGAGAAUGCAGGUGUAUGGAAGCCCAUACAGGACAUGUUUUGACUGUGCAAAGACUGUAGCUCAAGAGGAGGGUUUUCGAGCCUUCUAUCGAAGCUUCACAACACAAUUGACUAUGAAUAUUCCUUUCCAGUGCUUGCACUUCAUGACUUACGAGUUUAUGCAAGACUGCCUGAACCAACAGAGACACUAUGAUCCCAGGAGUCAUGUUAUAUCAGGUGCUUUAGCAGGUGCUGUUGCUGCUGCUGCCACGAUGCCGUUAGACGUUUGCAAAACCCUGCUCAACACGCAGGAGCAGUGCGCUCGGACUAAGAUCUCAUAUGUGAAUGGCAUGGCAGCAGCUUUUAGGACGGUUUACGAGUUUCAAGGUAUCACUGGUUACUUUCGAGGCAUUCAACCGAGAGUGAUCUACCAGAUGCCCUCGACAGCAAUAUCAUGGUCGGUGUACGAGUUCUUCAAGUUCACGAUUUCAAAGAAGCAGAGAGAAGACAGUCGCUACCUCACGUCGCCUGUCAAGUCGAUGCCGGUGCAUGCUGCUACUGCCGCUUCCUCCAGAUGACAUGUGACCUUCUAAAGGUAUUGUCAUUGGUCAGUUCAGUCUGAUCGAUGACAGGAGAUCGCAGUGGGAAUGGUCAGGAAGGUUCUGAUCGCUUACAGGGAUAGGUUUAAGGAUAUGAGAAACCAAUUUGAUUUGGAAUAUCUGACACCCAGUGUACAGUAUCAUUUGUUAGUGGUAACAUAAUGUAAGGAAAUGAAAAUGUGAGACAGGGAAAAGAAUUAUGUUCUUCACACAGUUUCACUAAAUAUCUUUAUGUUUCCAUUAUAUAAUGGCGGUAGACAUAUAAUUUGAGAGCUAUUGAUUUGAUUCUGCAAGUAGUUAUGUUAAGGCAUAUACAUAGUGUGUGAAAUAGCUUCCUUACGAGUUAAAUGUUGUUAUUUUUUCAUUCUUUCCAGACUAAGCUUAAUAUAAUGUAUUUAUUCCAUGCACUUGGUCCAGACUCUUUGUUAUAUCUUGCAAUUUCUACAGGUGAAAAAAUAGAAUUAAUAAUCAGAUUAUAUGUCUGGAUAUGUUGCCAUGGGAACCGUGCCAUCGGGCAUGUGAUGCAGUUACACAUUGUAUAAAUUUCAAACAUGUUAAGUACUGAGUUGCAGAGAGAGAGUUGCCUUACGUGUAUGAACUAUCUUCGUAAAGACAGUUUGAGAGAAAGUAAGUUUUUUUCAUCAUUGAUCACUGAUCAUUUUAUGUGCAGGGAAAAAAAGUUCUUUUCAAAUUAUAUUUUUUCUCCACUUAUGAUAAAUUUUUUAAUGAAUCAAUCAUAUUUUUACAAAAAUAUCAACUUCUUUGAGUACGUUUUAUCUAUAGUCACAUUUUUUUUGUGUGGACCAUGGUAGUUUUUUAAGCUGCAGGUCUGUGAACUGGUUUUUCAUUGAAGCUAUUCCACACAAUGUACAUGACGAUCUGUGGCUGCAGUCACGGCAUUAUGAUCAUUUUGUAAGCAUUCAAUAAUGCUAAAUAUCAGUGAAGUCUGACUUGUAGGUAAAUUUGUAUAAGUAGUCUAUGACUUCAUUUGAAGAAACAUCUUGUAUUUUAAUCAAAUGUCAAUAAGGUUACUGCAAUAGUUUUCAGUGUGAGGUCUUAGUCAAGGGGAGAUAAUUCAACAUAGGUACAACAGAGUUACCUCCCUUACUGAUAGUGAUACAGGUACCAAGGCAUAAUCAACAGUUAAAAAAUUCUUCAGCAACCUGUCAUUUAAUACUUUGGGAGGCGGGAAUCGGGGGUGGGUCAUCAGAAAACAUGUCCCAGGGGUCAUUAAAAUUGUAAUUGUUUUUAGGGGGUCAUGACUUUAGUAGUAUAUACUACAUUAAAGGAGGGUCAUGAGAAAGGAACAAACAUUUGGGGACGUUAUUUCGUAAACCCCUCACCCCUGCACCCCCUUGUAGUAAAUGAGCAGUUUUUUAUUGGUUAAAUGUAUGACCAUCACAUUUAUUCCACGCCUGUCAUGUAUUGCCAACUCUGCAUGACGUAUCAGUUAUCUCCCUUUAUCAUUAGAGGUGGUGGUUCUCUCCAUAUAUUCAAGAAACUUGUCAUGUGUCAGAAUACUGAAACGGAAACAAUCUUUGGAUGAUUUUUACUUUUCCAAAGUAAGAGGAAAAACUUUAAAAAAUUGUUAUUGUGAUGAAACAAUAAAUAUACCCUAUUUUAUUUAUGCAACCCUACUAGAGCAUUGAGUGUUUAGAUUGGUUUUUUUUCAAUUUUGCUGAUGGAUCAGAAAUAUUCCUCUUUGCUAUUGAAGAUACUUCUUGACAAAGAGGCUAUUUCAUAUUGCCCGCAGUUGGUAAAAUGUUGUGUUUGAAACUGAUUAAUGGGUGUGUGGGGUUUUGAGGUUUUGUAGCAUGCUCUACUAGGGGUGUAUGAGAUAAAAUAUCAAUCAAACAGAUUGUAAAAAACAUUUUGGACUUUUGGACGUUUGGACACUUGACCUAUUAGAUUUCCUAUGUCACUCAUUUCAUCACAUAUAGCCAAUACUGGAGUGUGACUUUCACAUUAUUGCUUUUCCUUGUUAGCAGGACACUUACGUUUUGCUGGGGCGGUCGGGUAGCCUAGUGGUUAAAGCGUUCGCUCGUCACGCCGAAGACCCGGGUUCGAAUCCCGACAUGGGUACAAUGUGUGAAGCCCAUUUCUGGUGUCUCCCGCCGUGAUAUUGCUGGAAUAUUGCUAAAAGCGGCGUAAAACCAAACUCACUCACUCACUCACUUACGUUUGCUGGCCUUCAUCUCAGUUGUAAGGUCUAUUUUAUCAUUGGGAUAUAUAGCAUCCAUUUUACUUGUAGCCGAGGCAAUAUUGAUUUAGACAGUGCAACCUUUCUCAAGGAUGGUAUGGCAUAGGGCAUGAACUAACUUUGACAUUUUAUACACCAAAGCGUAGAAAUAAGGGUUAGAAAUAAUUAUUGUCUUCAAGAGGUUUUGACAUAAUAAAGAAAAUUAACAUCCCAAGCAUAUUUAGGAACACUGGCAACAAAAGGUCCAAAAAUAUAGGAUUAUUAAAUUAUUUCACUCACCACCAUCUAUGCCAUGUGUGCUGUCGGUCAAUAUUUUGCAACACAUAUUAAUGAUAUUUUCAGGGGUGUUGGGGUAGCCUCAUAGUUAAAGCAUUUGCUCGUCCUGCCAAAGGCAGGAAUUUGAGUCUCCACAUAGGUUCAAUGUAUAGAGGGGGUGGUCGGGUAGCCUAGUGGUUAAAACGUUCGCUCGUCACACUGAAGACCAGGUUUCGAUUCCCGACAUGGGUACAAUCUGUGAAGCCCAUUUCUGGUGUCCCCCGCCGUGAUAUUGCUGGAAUAUUGCUAAAAGCGGCGUAAAACCAUAUUCACUCACUCACUCAAUGUAUAGAGCCCAUUUCUUUCCUCUCCUGCUGCGUUCACGGGAAUACUUCUGAAAGAGGCGUGAAACCCAAUUCAGUCAUCAUCAUGCUGUGAUCUUUUUAGUGAAAUAAAGUCUAGUGACAAACAACAUGGGAAACAACAAUAGAAGUAUUAAUUCCGCAGCUUAUCUCCUUUACAAAUUGUUUGAUAGGCAUUGCUUAGAAGUUGACGGAUGACAAAGUAGACACAAUUUAUGGAUAACAACUUCGUUAAUUACUGUAAAGGCAAUGUUUCAGUAUAGAUCCUUAUACCAUUGUCAAGCAAUACUGAAGGAGAAGGAUCUAAACUGAAACGUCGCCUUGGUAAUUUGAGAAGUUGUUAUGCAUAGAUUGUGUCUACUUUGUAUCUAUUUUACGGUUCAUGUUACUUGGAAUUGUGGCACAAAGUCAUGCAUUGACCCGAAACUUGAAUGAAUUGUUUCACAACCAUUUUGCUGUUAGUGUUUAGCAGGGUCUUCCCUAUGGCAGGUUAAGUCUACUGUGAAACACACACACCAGUUUAUCAUAUCAUGGUUCAAGGUUGAACUUUAGUUUUUUAGAAAGUGGGUGAGCACCAAAUGUGUAUGGCUUGCAGAUGAUACAGACAUACCUCCACAACUUCUGAACAUCAAUGACUGUGUGACCCUGUUAUAUUGAACACAUGGAAAUGAGGGGUGUCUGUAUUUUCUAGAUAAUUAAUGGAUUUUUGUGACCAUUUUUUUUUUGCAUAAGGGUGUUUACAGAGUUCAAUUUAUUUCUUUUGAAGGGAAAUGUUAUAUUUCUACCAGGUAGUUCAUAACUGUCAAUUUACAUCCAGCAUACAUAUUUUGUCUUAAGGUAGCUGGUAGACAUCAGGGUGCAGUUGUACACAGCGAUCUUAGUGCUAAGGUGAUCGUAACUCACAUCCCUUAACACAGAGUGGUGCUAAGGUUGUUUUGUACGACGACACCCAGGACAUCAUUGAUGCAAGGAUCAGCAUGAAAUUUAUGCUGGCCAACUAGAUAAAUGUUUGUCCAAUUUUGUUUCUACUGGCACAAAUGCAAGUUCAAUAGAUAGAGGCCAUGAAAAGUACCUUUUAAAAUUAUUGGUUGAAUUGAGGGCUGAAAGACACUAGUUGACAUGACAACUGUUGGCCUUAAACAAAUACUAGUUCCAUAUCUUUUGGAUAAUUAUUAUUUUUGGGUUGUGAUGUAGAAUUUCUUAUAUAAUGUUCAGUAUGGAAUAAACGUUAGUAUGUGUACCAUAAAUAAAUUCAAAAUUUACUAAUAUGCUGUGGAAUAAAUGUCAGUAUGUGUACCAUAAAUAAAAUCAAAAUUUACUAAUAUGCUGUGAAUGACGAUCAAUCACUGACUUAAUAUGUAACUACCUGGUUCAAGUAUCAUGAUGUUCUGCUUUUCUUGAGAGAUUUCAAAUGUUUGAGUUUAUUGUUAUCCUCGUAAUUGUUUGGGAUGUGGAAAACAUUUCUGUUUAAUUGAAAGUAUUGAUAACUGAAAAUAGAAUUAUUUCAAAAUUCUCUUUUUGUAUUUAUUUACAUUCUUUCCCUCUCUUCAUUUGAUAUCAAUGUGAUGAAAUUGUAGAUAUGCUGUACAGUGUUUUUUGCCAAGAAAUGUGUUGAUGUUGAACAACAUCCCCCUUGCCUUCAAUUGUGUUUCUGGAUGUGACUAUUUGGACGUUAUAAUUCAAUAUUUUGUAACGCUUCUCUUUAUAAGACUCACGGGAUGACAAAGACUAUCCGUUUGAUAUUAUUUUCUUGUUAUGAUGGAAGUUUUACAACGUUAUAAGAUGCUCUGAAACUACCUUUGAGCAGUAUGUUGAGGGAAAUGUUAUUCAAUUGCAGUAAUUAAUGCUGUGUGGACACAUUCUUGGCAGAACACUACAACUGCUUUUGUGUACAAAUAGUAAUGUUUUCCAAACCCCUAUUCAUAGCUUUUAUCCUAUUAUUGCAUGGCCUUUAUCAUAUUGUCUAAUUACGGUGUAUUUUAAGUCAUUCCAGAGCUGAACAACUAGUCAAUGGGGACUAUCCUAUACACACAGCUUCACCUUAAUUUGCCACAGUGUGGCCGGCAAUUGUCCAAUCAUUGCCUCUGAUUCUAAUCAUGUGACCUGCAUCUGGCCAAUACUAGACAUGGAUUCAAUAUCGUCAACCUCGUCGUCCAUCCAAGCCAUCGAUUGCGUGCGAGCCGACAUAUAUGAUCCACAGCUGAUCAAGGAGUGCUUGUGGCUUGUGGCUGAAUCUCUCUGAAAUAUUCCACAGAGUUUACACAACUGAUAAUAUUCCAGCCAACAUCAUCAACCAUUGACAAUGUUGCUGUCCGAGAGUAAAUGCCAAGGAAACAUCAGGUCAUGUGACUGUUGCCUAGGAAACAUGUCAUAUGACCGUGUUACUAAGGAAACAUGAAGUCAUGUGACUGUUGCUAUACAUUUCCUGCUGCCUGGGUGUCAGAAGAGAGACUUUUACACGCAAGCAGUGCAAUAAUAUUUUAGUGCUUUAUUCCUUAACUAGAUCUGGCUUUCCCUUUUGUUGGAAGAAGAACUUCACAUAAUGGGGGAUUUUAAUGACAUAUUCUUCACAUGGGCAUUUUGCUGAAGGAAGAACUUUUACAAUGUGUCCACUGUUUUUUUUACUGCAGUAUCCAGUGAGACGAUGGUGCUGGAUUCAUGUCCCUGACUAUUCGUUAAGUGUUGAAUGACUUGUGUGAGUGCGGUGAAUGUGAUUGUGGAAAGAAGAACUUUCCCAGUGCAAACCAGUGGAAGAAGUCCAAAAUGGCUGCCAUUUGUAGAAAGCAGACUUUCUCAGUGUCGACCAAGGACGGGGGAUAUAGUACACCUGACCUUGGCCUACUAGACGGAACAUUACCAAUGUGAUGAGGAACAUGACUGCAUAUGUGGAAAGAUGAACUUUCUCAGUGUUGUCAGUAUUUAUUUUACACAAAUCAUGUUGACUGCACAUGUGGAAAGACGAACUUUCUCAGUGUUGGUUGAUCUGAAGAAACUCCAAAGAUUGUGAUGUAAACACAUUGUUUAUCUUUAUGAGUCAAAAUUUAUUGUUAAUAAUUUGAAGAAGUUAAAAUAAUAUCAAAGCUUGUUGCAGAAUCAGAUCUAUUUGAUUGUUACCAAUUCUGAGGUGCGAGAUGACUCACUGUAGAUAUUGCUAGAAAUGGAUGCUCUUAGUGAAACAUUGUAGGUCAUUUUUUAAAGGAAAAGAGGUCUGGGUAAAUGAAGGUUAUUUGUGGUAAAAAACUAUAUACUCAACAACAAAUGUUACAUAUCAAUUAAGUGAAAACUGAAGAUGCAUGACAUAUAUAUUGUAUGAUCACUAUGGUGAUAUUGACUAAAUGUCUUGACAAAUUUAUCAAUUUUCUAUCAAUUUUAUCUUCAGAACUGACCAUUUGCCAAGACUGAUUCCGUUUUGAUUAGUAUGAGGAUGAAAUACAAUUGUUACAUUUCAGGUUAGUUUUAUGCUUCAGCCUCCAUUACAUCUAUAAUGGGAUACUAUGUAUAUAUCAUGAUAUAUCCAGAUAUUACACAAUAACCAAACACAAAUUUCCAGGCAACAUUUCAAUUUUGAAUUUGUAUAAGUUCAAAUUUAAGAAGAUAUACAAAUCUUUAGAAUGCCCUAGGGUUUCAUUUCAGCCCAGAUAAACAAAAGCACAUUUGUAAUCUUCAAAAUAAACUACUUGUCAUUUAAUAUGCUGGAAACAAGCACAAUAUGAUGAAUAAGAACACAAUCAAAAUUCGUUUUCACCCCUCCCCUCUUCCGUUUGAAGGGGGCACGGGUGGCCCAGUCGUCUAAGGCGCCGUGAUUCGCUGUGCAGAGUUGCGUACCUUGGGCGUGCCAGAAACCUAUGAUUGUGGGUUCGAAUCCCGGUUCGCCCCGAUUAUGUUUCUAGGUUUGUUAGCACCAUACAUAUGCUCGUGGGUUUCACCGAAGUGGUUAACGUCUGAGAUUGUGAUUUUUAAAUGGAAUUUAGUUGUUUCUGUAUUGGGCAUGUUACAAAAAAAUAAUGAAAAAUAUUGCUUGUAUAUCACGUAUACAUGAUCACGUGAUCACUUUUAAUUAAGAUUUGAGUUUCUAACCUUUUUAUAGCUGACAUGCUUCGUGACUGUUUAGUGAAAAUGGUAUUUCACUUUAUUCAUGCUGAGCAUUUGAAUUUAUCGUUUUUGUUUUCAGUAGUGCAAGGGGGCGAUGGGUGAGCCUCGUAGUUAAAGCGUUCGCGUGGUCACGCGGAAGACCUGGGUUUGAUUCCCCUCAUAUGUACAAUGUGUGAAGCCCAUUUCUGGUGUUCCCCGCCACCAUGAUGUUGCUGGGAUAUUGCUAAAAGUGGCGUAAAACCAUGCUUACUCACUCUCUCAGUAGUGCAUUGCUGUUAUUGACUUUUGAAUGCAGAUUUGACUUUUGGAGAUUCUCAUCUGAAAGUCAUCUCCUCUCAAAUAUAUCAAGAAAUGUACAUGUGUAAACGUUACAACAUCUGGGGCUAGCUGAGGAUCGUUUUGCUUCCAUCAAUGAGUUUUGAUAUUUUUGAGUUUGCUGUGACACCAGGGUGUGAUUCCAUUUAUCAUCCAAAAUCUUUCUGCAAAAUUGUUAAGUUGGUAAACAGUAAUAGCCCACGUUUGUGUGUGUGUGUAAGACAUACAGUGAACAAGCUUAAAAAAUGGCAGAUAUUGAUGUCUUUUAAAUUGUGACGCCAUGGCAAUGAGGCUCUAUUUACAGAUAGUAAUAAACUCAGGACCUGGAGUAAAUACAUCACAACGACAUUCUACACAUUCCAGCUGUACAACAGUUUGAUAAAACUAUCAUGCAAACGAUACCAUUUAUUUGUGUAAAUAUAGUACCACUGUGUCUUACACAAAGCUAAAAGCAAACCCUCUGUGAAAUGGCUGCUUGAUGCCCCGCCCCCUUUAUCUGGUUCACAAGAAUGAUUCAGCUUGAUGUCAAGUCCAGGAAAGAUUGCAAUACCCGACAGGAAGAGACAAGAGGAACCUGAAAUGCAGUAGCUCUCAGUGAAAUCGCCCCAGUGAUUGUAACAGUAUUCUUAAGAAAUAUCAAACUGAAACAUUAUCUAUGACAACAUUAUUAUUGUACUGUGCAGUUUCUAUGACAUGAUUAUUAUUAUACUGUGUCUUAUACCCCGUUGACAUGCACACCAUUUACUAACGUAAGUAAUUUUGCACAUGUGUAACUAUACAUAUGUGUAUAUGUAAAUUUAGUAUGCGUUCACAUGAAAAUCAACUUAGCUGUUUAAAUAAAGUAUUAAAUUGUGUAAGCACACAUAUUCGUCAGUCUGUUUACGGCUUUCAACACAAAACAGGUUGUUUCCAAUCAAAGUUGAAUGAGAAGACAGUUACUUCACUGAAAAUGUUCGCGUGAAGCAACACGUUUGAUUUAAUUUGUACACAAAUUUUUGACUCAUUGAAACCAAAACUCUGUAUAUACGCAUAAAAGUUGACAAUUUGUUUGGUGUUAGCAAAAGAACAGGUAUUUAUUAGAUCUUCCUCUUACCUUAACAUAAACGUUCACAUUGCAACAAAUGCAAACAGAGCAAAUUUACAUUUACAUUUGCACCUGCUCCAGACAUGAUGCCAAUUUGCUCCUAGUGUAAAUAUACACACAUGAGUAAACGCGUUCACAUGACAAGUAUACUCACGUAUGUACUUCUACACAAGUAUGCACAAAUACACACAUAUGUAUAGAGGCGCAUGUGAACGGGGUAUUAGAGAUUUAUUAUUAUUGCAGUCUUUCAGCAGCAUUUGUGUUUAUGGUUUAUCUCGCACCUCAGAACCUUGUUGUACGCUGAAUCAUCACAUAAGCCAAUACCAUA